CUGCACAGCCCUAACCGGCAAACCCACGGUUUGCAGUCGUGUUCGGGUAGGGGAGGCUGGAAGCCGCAGGAGCGGGAGACGGUGGAGGGGAUUUUGAGAAGAAAACUGCGGUAGCGACCUCACUCGGUGGUACAAGAGGGGAACGCUAGUCCCUCCGAAAGCCGGGUUACUGCGAACGCACCAGCUGAGCCCUUAGUACUGCAACCCCCACCCUCCUUUGGUUUGUGUCUCGCCUCCUGAAUUUCUAUUUACUGCUGAUGCCCUGCUUCUUCUGAGGAUGUCAGUACUGGGAAUGUUUGCCACUUGCGGGGGAGACCUUGACGCUGACCCAGGAGUGCAGCCAGGAGGAGCCUGACCACUCUGCCUCUUAUGGCCACAAUGCUGACCGCCCGCCUCUCCAGACCCCUGUCGCAGCUCCCAAGGAAAACCCUGAAUUUCUCUGAGAGAGAAAAUGGAGCAAGAGGCUCGCUGCUGUUUUACUCUCCCUCCUUUGUCCCUGGCGGCCGUCGGACUUAUGCUGAUUCGGUGAACCCGGUUGGCAGCAAAGCUGUCCUGGUCACAGGCUGUGACUCUGGAUUUGGGUUCUCAAUGGCCAAGCAUCUGCAUUCAAAAGGCUUCCUUGUAUUUGCUGGCUGCCUGAUGAAGGACAAAGGGCAUGACGGGGUCAAGGAACUGGACAGCUUGAAGAGUGAUCGAUUAAGAACCGUCCAGCUCAAUGUCUGCAAAAGUGAAGAAGUAGAGAAAGUGGUGGAGACCAUCCGCUCGAGCUUGCAGGACCCUGAGAAAGGCUUGUGGGGCCUGGUUAACAAUGCAGGCAUCUCAACGUUUGGGGACGUGGAAUUCACCAGCAUGGAGACCUACAAGGAGGUGGCAGAAGUGAACCUCUGGGGCACGGUGCGGGUGACAAAAUCCUUUCUCCCUCUCAUCCGGAGGGCCAAAGGCCGCGUGGUCAACAUCAGCAGCAUAAUGGGCCGCUUGGCCAAUGUGAGCCGCUCCCCCUACUGCAUCACCAAGUUCGGGGUGGAGGCUUUCUCUGAUUGCCUUCGCUACGAGAUGCACCCGCUGGGAGUGAAGGUCAGCGUGGUGGAGCCCGGCAACUUCAUCGUUGCCACCAGCCUCUACAGCCCUGAGCGCAUCCGGGCCAUCGCCACUGAGAUGUGGGAGCAGGUGCCCGAGACGGUGCGUCAAGACUAUGGCAGGAAGUACUUUGAUGAGAUGGUCGCCAGGAUGGAGAACUUCUGCAACAGCGGCUCCACGGACACGUCUCCCGUCAUCAAUGCUGUCACCCACGCCCUGACCUCCACCACCCCCUACACUCGCUACCACCCCAUGGACUACUACUGGUGGGUACGAAUGCAGAUCAUGACCCACUUGCCUGGAGCCAUCUCCGACAGGAUCUACAUACACUGAGGAGUGUCACACCGGCCUCUGCUGGGGAGCCCUGGGUGCGGGGAGAGGAAGAAGGGAGGGAGGGGGAGGAGCUUAUGUCCUCACCUCUUGGUUACCCAUUUGUGGAUUAUCCCCAUCCCAGGAGGACCUACGGCCCGUUUGACCAUUAACCCAAGCUGGUCACCUAGCCCAACUCAUGUGCCCAGUAGGUUGGCUGGACCUUCUUGAUCGGGGUGCAGAGGGGUGGGCAGGACCCCCAAACCUCAGGGCAAACAUGGUGCAUCUGUCAGAAAUUUCUGAGGUUGAUUUUAUACAAAGAUUUUUGGUGAGAUGUUGUUAAAUUAACAACAGAUUUAUUGUAAACUAGAAGCCAAAUCCUUUACUUUUUUUUUUUUUUUUGUCUUUUUGCCUUUUCUAGGGC